AUGAUUCAUCAAAAAUAAAACAAAGAAAAAUAGAAAACCCAAAAAUUCAUCCCGGCUGGCCGAAGGCCCGAAAGAGGCCAAGACCACCCUGCUCUAAGCCCUAAUUCUUGGGCUCUGCUGGCCGGCAGCCAUGGAUGACUCCGCAACUGCCGAGCUAGUCAGGGAACUUGUUCUCCGACUCCUUUCCUCCGGUGGCCGCUCGACCCCUUUGGCUGGCGACUCAUCCACUGUUGCGGCCGUACGCUACGCCCUCCGCCUCCUCUCAAGCCGUAUGUCUCCAUCCGUUCUACCUGAUGAGCUCUCGCUCGUUGAAUCCAUUAAGCGACGGCUAGCCGUAUCCGGACGCUCUUCUGCGGCCCUCGCUUUUGCCGACCUACACUCCAAGCUCUCCGCCCAUGCUCCACUUCUCAAUCGUUGGGCUCUUCUCUAUCUCCUCAACUCCCUUUCCCUUGAUCGCCGACGGUCCGCUUCUUCACUCUCCGGUGGUCUUCCCUUCCUCCCUCUUCAGCCCUCUCAUACGGCCCGCCCCGCUGCGGCCUCCAUCGCAGGUGGGGCCAUCAGCGGAGGCGUCCUUCUCGUCGCCAAGGAUCCUGAGAACAUCCGCGAGAUCGCCCUUCGUGAGUACGCGGAUCUGGUUAUGGAAGACAACGAAGUCACCGAGUCAGCUUUGGUCAGAGACGUUCUUUAUGCUUGCCAGGGAAUUGAUGGUAGGUACGUCCGCUUCGAUAGGUCAUCGGAUGGAUAUGAUCUUCCGGAGUCGCUGAAGAUCCCAAGGCCUACUAGAUCCAUCGUUCGUCGACUCUGUGAACUUGGAUGGCUCUUCCGGAAGGUAAGAGGUUACAUUUCGGAGAGCAUUAUGGAUCAGCAGUUUGAGGUCGGCACAGUUGGGCAAGCCUUUUGCUCUGCUCUUCAAGACGAACUCUCGGAUUACUAUAAGCUACUCGCAGUGCUAGAAUCGCAGUCUGCUAAUCCUAUCCCCUCAGCCGGAUCUGAUUCUGGAGGAAGCCCCGGAAACUACCUCUCUCUGCGGCGGCUUUCUGUUUGGCUUGCGGAGCCAAUGGUGAGGAUGCGUCUAAUGGCCUUACUGGUGGAUGGCUGCCAGGAACUAAGGGGCGGAGCCAUGGCUGGAGCUAUUCACGCUCAUGCCCAGCAUGGAGACCCUUUGGUUCAGGAAUUCAUGGGUCGGUUGCUAAGGAGAGUAUGUUCUCCUCUUUUUGAAAUGGUGAGGACUUGGGUAUUGGAGGGAGAGUUAGAGGAUGUGUUUGCUGAGUUUUUCAUAUCGAGUCAACCUGUGAAGGCUGAAUCUCUUUGGAGAGAAGGCUAUGAUAUCCAAUCAUCUAUGCUUCCCGAUUUCAUAUCACCACUGCUGGCUCAGAGGAUUCUGAGGACGGGGAAGUCAAUUAAUUUUCUACGUGUUUGCUGUGAAGACAGUGGUUGGGCGGAAGCUGCCGCUGAGGCUGCUGCCCAUGUUGGAGCUACAACCAGAAGGGGCGGGCUUGGCUAUGGUGAGACUGAUGCCCUUGAGGCAUUAGCCGUUGAAGCUGCCAAGCGAAUUGAUCGGCAUUUGAUGGAUGUGAUCCAUAAAAGGUAUAGAUUCAAGGAUCAUUGCCUUGCAAUCAAGAGGUAUCUUCUUCUAGGGCAGGGAGAUUUUGUGCAGUACUUAAUGGAUAUCGUCGGUCCUGAACUGUCAGAGCCAGCAAAUACUAUCAGUUCCUUCCAGCUAGCAGGAUUGUUGGAGACUGCAGUUCGUGCAUCCAAUGCGCAGUAUGAUGAUCGUGAGAUUCUUGACAGGCUCAAAGUUAAGAUGAUGGAUCAUGGAGAUGGUGACAGAGGAUGGGAUGUUUUCUCAUUGGAAUAUGACGCUAGGGUGCCAUUGGAUACUGUAUUUACGGCAUUGAACAUGAAGAGGUAUCUUAAGAUCUUCAAUUUUCUUUGGAAGCUUAGGCGUGUUGAGCAUGCAUUGACUGGGUUAUGGAAAACUAUGAAGCCUAAUUACAUAAAUUCGUGCAUUUUUACUGAUGAAAGUUUUGGGGUCAAGUUGCAGUUUGUUUCAGCUCUAAGAAGAUGCCAAGUUCUCUGGAACGAGAUGAACCAUUUUGUGACAAAUUUCCAGUAUUAUAUUAUGUUUGAGGUUCUUGAGAUCUCCUGGGUUCAUUUCUCCGAAGGUAUGGAUUCUUCAAAAGAUCUAGAUGAUCUUCUGGCCGCUCAUGACAAGUACCUCAACUCGAUUGUCGAGAAAUCUCUUCUUGGAGAGAGAUCUCAGGGCAUAAUAAGAACCCUCUUUGUGCUAUUUGAUCAUAUACUGCGCUUUCGUAGUCUUGCUGACAGGUGGUUUGAACGUAUAUAUGAGUUGCAGCUUAGGAGGAACAAGUCUAGGUCAAAAUCAAAGGGUGAAUUAGGCAAGGUGGGCUCAUGGAUGGAUGGAGGCAGAAAAGCCUUAAUUCAGCUUGCACGGGAUUUUUUUGUCAAGAUGAGUGAGGAGUUGGACACUGUUGUGAAAGAGUAUUCAGCAGCACUUGAUGCUUUUAUUUCUGAAUUGCCAAUGCAGCAACAUAUUGAUUUGAAGUUCCUGUUGUUUCGUUUGGACUUUACUGAGUAUUAUAGUCGACUUUCCCCUAACAAGUGAACAUGAGGGCUGCUGAAGAUGGAUUGAAGAAGUAUUUUUGUAUGAGUAGAGGUUGAGUUUGCUGACUUUAUUUUGAAUUGAUCACUGCAGUCAUCUUCAUGUAACUAGAUAGAAAAUGCCUCAUUUUCAGUGCUUACAUCGAGGUUUUGCUUCAUCGAAUGCUAAUUACUCACAAGGUUCAAAACGGCCAUGGUACGGAUGGAGCAAAGACAAGAAGUAGACUGUUAUCAAACAAUCCAAACCACAGAAGUGUUAAAAUCUGAUAUGUUGGAUACACUUACAUCCUUCAUAUACUUGUAUAAAUACUGCCCUGUAUUCAUCUUAAAUAGCACAAUCCUUCCAUUGAUGUGGGGACUAAUAUGAGAGGAGGCUUGAACGCCGAUACCUGGUUGGAGUCUGGAGAGGGACAUGAAGAGAGGUGUUUGUAUGGGAAGAUUGACUCAUUAAAAACAUGGCAGGAGGUGUAGACUUGACUGGUUGUAGGAUUUAGACAGCGGUAGUCUUUUUGAGAAGAGGCGUAGCCGAUGAGAUAAUCUGGCUUCGUCGUCUUCUCCUAGAGUUCAAUUGCUCUCCUACCACCUCUACCAUUUCUCUUCUGUGAUAACACCUCAACUAUAGCCUUGGCCAACAACCUAAUAUUUCAUGCCCGUACAAAACAUAUAGAAGCUGACUGCCAUUUCAUCAGGGAUUGCAUUAAAGAUAAGGCCAUUCAAGUUCAUCACACCUCUACAAAAGACCAACUAGCUGACCUCUUAACUAAACCGCUUUCUAUAUUUUGGUUUCAAAUGUUGACAGACAAACUGGUUACAUCUUUCGAUGCACCAGUUUGAGGGGGCCUGUUAACACUACUCACAUCGUUCAAAACGGCCAUGGUACGGCUGGAGCAACGACAAGCAGCAGACUGUUAUCAAAUAAUCCGAACCACACAAGUGUUAAAAUCUGAUCUUUUGGAUACACUUACAUCCUUCAUAUACUUGUAUGAAUACUGCCCUGUAUUCAUCUUAAAUGAAAUGAAAGACUUACUGUUUUCUGCUA